GCACCACUGAGGACUACUACUGUUCCAGCAGAGUACUGUAUACCACGUUUAAUACUGCAGGGGUGAAUGGCACAGUGCAGCCGAGGCGGUGUUCGGUGCAGACGGCAAUGGUGCACCCGUGCAAGGAGGCGAGCAGCCACCGGCCAUGCAAGGUGCGCCAGACCAAGUCGGCUGGCAUCUCCUUCACCUACACCACAGAGUCGGCCGCGGAGGAGCUGUUGAGCCAGGCGUUCUGGCACAGCCCGCACGGAGACCUGCCCUUCCUCGGGAUGGACACGCACGCCUGCCGGUACACGCACUGCCCCGCCGUGCCCGGCGCGCGGGGGAACUACACGUACAACCUCAACAUCAGCAGGGCCUACCCCACGGGUGUCUACGAUGUUAUGUGGAAGCUAUGGGGCAAAGGAAAACCGAGCGCCAAGUUUGAGUGCUGCUUCAUAGUGCAGAUUAAGAUAACCUCUCCCAAGGCAGGCUGA